UUACCAAAGGGGACGUAAAAUAAACCACGUCUCCAAUCUGACACUAAAAGAUGAUGAUUGCACUGUCCCGCGAGCGUUAGACUGAGAAUUUUAGGGUACAGUUUUACGUGUGGAAAAGUAUUUCCUUUAAUAAUGAUCAUACAUGUUUUAUAGUUAAGACAGUUUAUAUAUUUUUUUUAAUUAUUUUAGUACUAAGGAAAACCUUGUUUCCCGAAUUUAAGGAAAAGUAUUUUCACCGUUGGGAUGGUGUGACUCGGGAAAAUCGACUGGGAAAAAAGGUUCGAGAAGAAAAGUUUUAGGACGGAGCCCUUGAGCAUUUUUGUGUCGCGAGUUUUUGGUUUGACUGUAAUUUAGAGCAUUUCGGAAUGUUACCGAGACUCCAGACUUUACCGCGACUACUGACGCUCGCGCUGGCAAGCAUAUUUCUGGUGCAAAACGGAGCAAGUGACAGAGAAGUUAGACCAGAGGCAUGGCUCCAGCAGUAUGGGUAUCUCCCACCGGGUGAUGUUCGGGCUCAGGCAAUCCGCUCUCCUAAAUCCAUCACCACUGCUAUAUCUGCCAUGCAGAAGUUCUAUGGUCUCACUGUGACCGGAUCCAUGGACAAGGCUACACUCACGGCAAUGCAGCGGCCGAGGUGUGGCGUUCCGGAUAAAUUUGGCUCUGAACUGAAGAGCAACCUAAGAAAGAAACGCUACGUCAUCCAAGGCCUAAAAUGGGACAAAAGAGAGAUCACCUUUAGUAUCCAGAACUACACUCCUAAAGUUGGUGAAUAUGCCACGCAAGAGGCCAUCCGGAAGGCCUUUAAGGUCUGGGAGGCUGUGACGGCACUCAAGUUCCGUGAAAUUCCAUAUAGUCAAAUCAAUGGCAAGGUAGACAAGUUUGCAGAUAUCAUGCUCUUCUUUGCUGAGGGCUUUCAUGGAGACAGCACCCCAUUUGAUGGCGAGGGGGGUUUCCUUGCCCACGCAUACUUCCCUGGUCAUGGUAUUGGAGGAGAUACCCAUUUUGAUGCAGCAGAGCCUUGGACAACAGGCAGCUUUGAUCAGGGAGGUAAUGAUGUGUUCUUGGUGGCAGUGCAUGAAUUAGGUCAUGCUCUUGGUUUGGAACAUUCAGGCGAUCCCUCUGCCAUCAUGGCUCCGUUUUAUCAAUGGAUGGACACAGAGAACUUUGUGCUGCCUGAUGACGACAGACAGGGGAUCCAGCAAAUUUAUGGUGUUCGCGCUGGUGAAGUGCCUCAACCCCCAGCACCCCAUCCCCCGACUCGAAGGCCAGACCGCCCUUCUUUUGGCCCCGACAUAUGUGAGGGACACUUUGACACCAUUGCCUUUCUGAGAGGAGAGAUGUUUGUCUUCAAGGAGAAGUGGUUCUGGAGAAUGCGUGAUGGUAAACCUCAACAGGGGUAUCCCAUGCCCAUUGGACACUUCUGGAAGGGUUUGCCUCCCUCUAUCAAUGCAGCCUAUGAACGUUCCGAUGGAAAGUUUGUUUUUUUCAAGGGUGAUAAAUACUGGGUUUUCAGUGAGGCUAAAAUGGAUGAAGGUUAUCCAAAAACCUUCAAGGAUCUUGGCACAGGCCUCCCUAGAGACAAGAUGGAUGCAGCUGUUUUCUACACUCCCACAGGCAACACUUACUUCUUCAGAGGAAGCAAAUAUUACCGUUUUAAUGAGAAAAGCAGAUCUGUGGAUUCAGACUAUCCCAAACCUAUCAGUGUGUGGAAAGGAGUACCAGACAAUAUCAAAGGGGUCAUCAUGAGUGAGGAUGGAGCCUACACCUACUUUUACAAAGCCAAUAAAUACUGGAAGUUUAAUAAUCAGCAGCUGAAGGUGGAGCCAGGCUACCCCAAAUCGGUUCUCACUGACUGGAUGGGCUGUGAAGGUGAGGAGCCCAAGAAGAGGAGCGGAACUGACGAGGAAGUGAUCAUCAUUGAGGUGGAUGAGUCCGAGGGCGGUGCAGGUGCAGCAACCAUUGUGAUCCCUCUCUUCCUUCUGGCCUGUGUGCUUGUCACAUUGGGAGCUCUCCUUUUCUUCCGUCGCUAUGGCACCCCUCGACGCCUCCUCUACUGUCACCGCUCUCUGCUGGAUAAGGUUUAGAGAAGAACACGAAAAGCACAGAAAGACAAGAGAAAGAGGGAUGGAGGAGGAAUAAAAGGGAUACAAGUUGAUGACAUUUGGAAGGGUGUUGAAUGGGAGAAAUUGUAUUAGGAUGGAGUGAAUGUCAGACCAAGAUCAUUAUACAGGUGCACAUGGGGGAGAGAUGAAAAAAGAGAAGGAAAGGAUGUGUAUUGUAUGUUUUUCUAUUUACUUGUACUGCUCUGCCAUUAAUAAAAAGCCCUGAAUGGAGAGGGAGAUAAAAGAGUCAUUUUUACAGUUUAUCACUCAGUGGAAGCAUUGUUGUCCCCUUAGUCUUCUUUUCAAUAUACAAUCCGUCAUUCUUCCUCUCUGAAAUCUCCCUCUCCAGAACCAACUUGACUCCAGCUGCGCGGCUGUUUGAUUGACAUGUUCUAUACAUUAAUUGAUCUUCAUCUCACUUUGAUUAACUUCAUAAACUCAUUACUGAUCCAAUGCUCCCCCUUUAGUGCCUUUGUCAUUGAAUUCCUAGUUUGGGAGGAUUGAAAAUUUACCAUUCUUUCUUGUACCCUAUAAUCACCAAAUACAUCAAUAGAUUUUCACUUUUCACCCACUUCCGUGCAUGCAUAAAGUAUUUCUUGAAUGUAGAGGCCUACUGUACGUGAAAGGUCAAAGGUUUAAGGUCAAAGUUCAGGGAGAGAGGAGUCAGCUCAGCUCCUGGAGUAGGCCAGUUUUUGAUUGCACCUAUAGAGCAGAGCUCCAUCUGUUUCAACUCAAAUUGUUAAGUAAUUUGAUUAAUGACUGGCAUUGUUAUUAUAACUAUGGUUAUUGUUAUUAUUGUUCUACAUGUGUUGUCUUGCCUUUUUUAAAACUUUCCAUUUCAAGUCCUGCUGGACACAGGCAGAAUGUGACUUUUCAAAUUGCAUUCCAAUCAUUUAAUGUCAGGUUAACGGAAAAAAAAUCAGGUUUAUAUAAUAGGUAGGACUGGAGGUAAGAUUGUCUCUUUCUAAGACAUUUUCUUGCUCUCCAGCUUGUCAAGAAGAUACUAAAAGCAGCAGAAACUAAUAAAGACUUAUUUAUGAACAGUGAUGGUGCUAUGGGUUUUCUGUAUUAGGGCUUCAUACAUCAGUAUAAGAAGAUUCUUAGUAGUUUUAACAAUGAUAAUAUUAAUGAUUUUUAUAAUGAUACAAUGUAGAGGAAUGAGAUUUUUGCCUGUUUCUUACUUUUUUUGUACUGGAAAUUAAAAAGAAAUAAAGUUCCUUUUUAACAUUA